GACUUUUUCCGAUACAUUGAUUAUUUCAACAUGUGAUUUUGACCGUGUUUGACACGCUCAAAGAGUACAAAUGUAAAAAUUUUGUAACUUUUAUAAGAUUAAAAUAAAUUAAAAAAAAAUAAAAACAAAAUUUAAAAAAAAAAAAUUUGGUCGAACAAUUUUGAGCCCUAAAUCAGACCAGACCCCCUUCCGUCGUUCUUCCUCACCUUGCCGUCCGUCAAUGCUCUUCGAGGUGUGUUCUUCAUUCUCAACCAACCCUUCAAGGUGAACGCGGUACAGCUCGGUGGGCAUCGCUUCUCUUCUUCAUCGUGUUCAACUAUUCAGUGAGGUUCUGCUUCACUUCGUGGUCGAUGCAAUUUUGGGGGAUUUAGGUGUUCAAUCAGAUUCAGAUCCUAGUUGUGCUUCUUCGGUGUUCAUCCAAGAAUCUUGUAAAAGUAACAACAGUAACACAGUGAGUGAAGGAAGGAAAGGCAAAAACUCCAUACAGUGAGUGAAGCUAAAGCUACAAACAAAAAUUCAAUUCUGGGGUUUUUUUGCUUUUGGUGAUUUUAUCAACAAAUGGGGGUUGUUUCACAGGAUGCCCUCAACCAUAUCAAAGCUCUCAUGGAUCAAGUCUCCUUCGCAAGCGGCGGUCUUUAACCAAGAAGAGUAGAAGACAGCAGCAGCGGCGACUCAAAAUGUUCCAACAGCAAGGCUUCACUUAUCCUCUGAGACACAAAAUCGAUUUGUGUGAAACUUGGCCAGUGGAGUAGCUCGUGGAUGUUCGCCGCUGUGGUUGACACCGGUGAACAAGGAGAACAUCACUCUUCGUCUGACAAUCGCUGUGCGUAUUUUUCUCAGUUGGAAGUGAUAACUUGAUGUUGGAUCAAACAUUGGAGCAAAUGAGUGGAGGAAGUCUUGAUUAUUGACUUGGUGAAAAUUUGUGUGACUUUGACAUUUGAAGGUAUUUUAAAAAGAUUGCUUGUGCUUCCAGAAAGUUUAGCAAGAAAUGAGCUACAAGAGGUAAGCUCUUGGUUAAGAGUUUUACUCCAUUAUGUUGUUCAACCAUGCUUUUACGGAAGUAAUCAUUAUUAUUUGGAUGAUUGAGUGGUGUGUUAGUUAAUGUGGUAUGUUGCAUUCAUAUAGAAUUAUUGGGUCAUUGGUGAAAACACCAGUGGACAAACAAUACGGGCUAGACUGUGUGUUAGUGGAAUGACUGAUAUACAGUUGAAGCUUCUGUGAUGAUUAACUAUUAUAUGUUCUUUGGCCAUUAAAACCAGGUUUAUGAAUUUCCUGAGUGUACUGGAUGCACAACUUAGAUAGCUAGUGAGCUUAUUUGAAUGGACAAAGUUCACGAGUGAUCCCAGGACACUAUAUGGACCUUGAGUGGACAAAGUUCACGUGUGAUCCCAGGGUCCUAUACAGACACCAAAUGGACUAGAUUCAUGUGUUAUUUGAGUGUACUGAACGCAGAGUUUUAAUCACUGCUAAUAUUGUCUCUAGCUCUAUGAUGUACUUUAUAUUAUGUGGAUACUAACCUUUCAUGCAGGAAGUGAACUGAUAGGUGGAGACUGUUCCACAAUUGCUUCAGCGGGAGCUGCUGUAGGUAUUGGAAACGUAUUCAGUUCAUUAAUUCAUUCCGUGGCAAGAAAUCCAUCAUUGGCAAAACAGUUAUUCGGAUAUGCAAUCCUGGGCUUUGCUCUAACCGAGGCUAUUGCCUUGUUCGCAUUAAUGAUGGCCUUUUUGAUUCUAUUUGUUUUCUAA